CUCGCCCCCAUCCACAGGCGACUCCCCAACUUUGCUCAACCUCGCCGGCGCGUUCACUCUAGAACGCGUUCCCGUGAUCCCAGAGCUGCGCCGACGAACGAGAUGGCCAGUCCCGCAAUACCCGCCUAGGGCACUCACUCCGAAACUGUGCAGCGUCCUCGGGGCACCCGUUGUGCUCAGCUCGCGACCAAAAUUUUCAGACCGAUAUGCUCAGGUUUGGGGAUCUGGGGAAGCACGGGUAUGUGAUGCUGACAGUGGAUCUGAGCACGCGUUGUUCGACCGCGGCCCGUCGUGCGGCGGGUGUUACGAGGUCAUGUGCGUGCAGGACCUAAAGUACUGCCUCGUCGACAUAUCCAUCGUCGUCAAGGCCCCAACUAGGGCUUCCCCGCCGACGCCGGCGACGUCUACAAUCCGCCCAACUACCAUGUCCUCCUCCCCAUUCAAGCCUUGGAGAAAAUUGCGCUCUGGAAGGCCGGCGUCAUGCCGAUCCAGUACCGCUGGUACUCAGUCAUAUCUCAGAACCAUGCAAUUGUUAAGUUUAUCUGAUUACAUUGAAGUGGAGGAACUUGGACGUCUCUACGAUGUAUUUAAUAAUCUAAGUGCUUACGAUGUUAUAGGAGCUCAGAAUUACCGCCGACCAUUCAUUCGGCUCAAUCGAAUUAUGCCCGAAGUACAUAAACAAUUUGAUAUUCUAAUAGUAUCACAGCUGUUUCCAGAAGGCCGUAGAGGCCUCGCCAGGGAGAACGACGCCUUCCCUGCUAAUAUAGACAGUAUGGCAUGCAACAUGUCGGGUUACCAGUGAAUAGCUAAAGAUAUUGGCAAUAAGUGGAAAUCAGUUUCAGAAGACAGGCUCCAAGGGAUAUUGCACACGUAGUAUCUGGGGUACACACGUACGAAGAAGGUGCCUGACCGAGUGCAUUUUCCAUCUCCGAUUUAUGCUCAUUGACAAGAUCCUGAAGUUGGUGCUGAAUGAGCGUGUCCCCCUUAAAAUGUUCCUGGUAGUCCUGGCUUAUUCUUGAUUUUUUAGGAUUACAUUAAGCAUACUGAUUGGGAGACUAAAUCCAUUUUUCCUGGUAGUCUUGGGGUAUUCUUGAUUUUUUAGGAUUACAUUGAACAUACAGAUUGAAGCAUACUGAUUGGAAAACUUAAUCCAAACACCUAUUUUUCUGGGUGGGGUCACUAUCACAGAAGCAUAAAAAAAAACCAAUCCCAAUCAUUUAGAACUAACAAAAUCCCAUAGACUCAAGGAGAGUAGAUUGGUUUUUGAUAUUAUAUCAGAUAAUAUUAUACUUUUAGUUCUAAAUAAUGCGAGGCAACCGGGAACAGCUUCGAUUCCCGACCUAGCAGGCGACCUAAGAUCCUUUGUUGGUGGUCCCCAGCUGGUAGAGCUUACCGGCUCUUUUUAUUGUACAUGUUGUGCAAGAAUUGAAUCUUAGUAGGAGCGUUCUGUAUCAAAUCAACAUGACUUCCAGAUUGUGAUUACUAUCUGACUUCUUUCAAGUUGAAAUAAUGAUAUGCCCAGCCAAUGUAAUUUACAGUUGUGUGGACUGUUUUCUCGAUUUUGCUGUAGUUGGCGAUGGGUUAGAAGCACAUAUCCCUUCGAUAGCAUGGUUAAGAAAGCUACCACAGGUUUCUGAUGAACUAUGUCCUUCCUUCUCCCAUGUAGCCACAAUUGCAUUCACUACUCAGUCAUCUUUUUGCUUAGUACAAUAUGUGAUGUUGUGCCAGUACACCUAGGCUGACCUAGCUGUCUAAUUUAUGUUAUAUAGCUUGGUCUACGCAGCAGGGAUCACGGGUUUGUAACAUUAAAUCCGUAAACAAAGAUUACUUUUUAGGGUAAUGCAUCAUAUCAGGUUGUUAUAGUAGAGAUUAACUGAUUACAAGUGGUUGCUAUUACUGACAUCUCAAAAAAUGUCUUAUAUAUUUUGUAAUAUCUCUCCAGUUCAGGAUAAAUUUUUUGACUAUUGUUUUAAACCCGAGUGAGUAGAAGAAUUGUUAGUACUAGCUUAAAGAUUCAAUUACUGUUUGUUUCUGCAAAAGCAUACCGAUGCAGCAGCAGAUUGGUUAUGCCAGGGCUCCGGCGAGCGGCUAGCUCUUGUGCUAAAUUCUUAUAUAAUUUGCUCUUUCCUUUUGCAGAGACAACAUAUGUGAUAUAGUUGAUAAAUUUCCUUGCCAUGUUUUUUCUGAACUGAAAAGCUGAAAUUACAUCUUUAUUGUUGAUAAAAAUAGCAGCAGAGAUGGUUUCUGUAUGUGCGGUUUGUGCUUUCUCAACUUUUUAUCUUGUAUCACAUAUGUAGUAUUUGCCAUCUCUUGUUAGACAUGGUCAUGUUAAUUGGUGAGCAGAAUCAUGCCAUUCAUUUUAAAACUGAGCUUGGUCAGCAUGUAUUGCAAAUAGCACCCUGAUAGUUCUUACUGAUGUUUUCGUUUUUGGUUAAAUCUACUGAGUACCAUCUCCUAACUAUAAAUGCAGACAUGAUGUUUCACCCUUGCAACACACCAAGGGAAGAUAAUAAACAAGCUUUGGAAUGCGGCAGAGAUGCAGAAUCAGUUUGUGGGGUGGUAUGUCACAGAUUCUUCUAGCACAACUUGCCAAUGUAUUUUUUGUAUGCUAUUCUUUUCACGGCCAGAAGGACCCGUCUCACCAUCUCUUGGUAUUGAUUUAGACCCUAGCCGGCACUGUUAGUGGUUUGGCCUACCUACUCAAUAACGACCAGAGAGGAACAAGCCUAAGCGCAGGAAAAUGAAGACGAGUGAUAAGCAGUAAUGAUCCCCUUAUGCGGUCUCUUCUAAAUGGUGAUGAUGUUGAGCUUGACAAAUUUAGAUCUGGCUGUAAAGAUGUACCAGGAGAUGAUGACACUACAGAAGUCCGAGAGAUGUAGAGGAAGGUGCUUUUCUACUAUAAAAAUUCCACAGCAGGAGACUUGCUCUAAGUGUAGAGAUGGGAGGUGAGCAAUGUGAAGAGAGUGACUCGGUGAAUUUGUUUAGUCUUUGCCGAUGUUGACGUUACAUGUACUGAUAUUAUUGUAUUUGAUUUUAGUUUUCAUUAAGAGACAUGUUAUGGUUAGAGAAGUUUUAUUUGUUUCUUAAAGUAUAGUUCUUUGUUUUAUGAUUGACCGAUGCGUGAGUCUAAGGAUUACAUGAUUAUAUUCGGCCAUAGCAACACAUAUGUCUACUUUUAUAUCUCUGAAUUCUGACAUGCAUUAUGUUUACGUGUCUCGCACUCCUUACAU